CUCAGCUGGCCGGCUGAGGGCUCCAGCCUCCGGCUCUGCCGACCCAGCCCUGGGGAGUCCAGAGCGGUGCAGCCCCUGCCCAAUGCUGCCCGGAGCAGAGUCCCUCCCUGGAACCUGCCUGCCUGCGCCAGUCAGAAGCUUUUGCAAUCCUUUCAGUUCUGCAAUUCUGAUCAAUAGAACUGUGUGUGUGGGGAGGCUGCAGCCAGAGGCUGGGAUGGAUAGGACCUGGAAGCAGACCCAGCAAGCAGAAUAUGCCAGUGCUCUUCAAAGUUUGGCUUUGGAAAGAUCACGCUGCAUCCAUUCAACUCUGGGUGGGGAAGACCAGGCUCAGAGGUUAACCAGCACUGAAAAGCAUCACCUCAAUCCAGAGCCCUCUGCACAUGCCAGGGCAGGAACACUGUCCUGACUGUCAAGGCUGAUGGACUCCUCUGGAAGCAAUAGGUUGUUGCUUGGUCAACAGUAAAUGAGAAAAGAGAGGAAAUAACCUAUGAGAGAAGGGACAGUGAUGCACAAUCAACCUGUGGAACUCCUUGCCAGAGGAUGUUGUGAAGGCCAAGACCAUAACAGGAAUAAGAAGAAAAGAAGAAGACAGAAAAUUUUCUGCUUUGGAAGAAUCGGGUCAGUGACACAAUGUCUUCAAAGGGGGGAAUUAGCACUCUUUCACCCCUGAGUGUCACCAUCGUGUCCGCUAACACCUCAUGCGGGGUGGACUCUGAGUUCAGAUACCCCCUUUUCACCAUCUUGUACAGCUUCAUCUUCAUUCUGGGCUUCAUUGCCAAUUGCUAUGUGCUAUGGAUUUUCUGCCGGGUUUAUGCUUGGAGGAAACUAAACGAAAUCAAGAUCUUCAUGGUGAACCUGAUAGUGGCUGACCUGCUGUUCCUAAUCACACUGCCCCUGUGGAUCGUUUACUAUCACCACCAAGGAAACUGGAUUAUGCCUACAUUCCUGUGUAAUGUGGCCGGCUACUUGUUCUUUGUUAACACCUACUGCUCCAUCGCCUUUUUGACAGUCAUCACAUACAACCGAUUCCAGGCAGUGACCAAGCCCAUCACAGCUGCUCAGUUCCCCACCCGGAGAAGGGGUAUCUUCCUCUCUGCAGCUAUCUGGAUGGUGAUAGUGAGCAGUGCUUUGUACUACCUCAUUGGCGAUGGAACUAAUGAGGAGGAGAUUAACCAUGGCACCAUGAAGCGGUGUUUCGAGCGCUAUAACACCGCUGACAACACUGUGCCCAUCCUCGCCAUCCACAUUGUCAUAGUCAUUAUUUUUGUCUUUAUUUUCCUGUUUAUACUGGUGUGCAACUUGUUCAUUAUCAGGACACUGCUGACCAAGUCAGUGCAGCUGCAGAAGAGCACCCGUGUCAAGCAGAGGGCAUUCAGGAUGGUAUGCACUGUCCUCGCUGUAUUCAUCAUAUGCUUUGUACCUCACCAUCUCAUUGACCUCCCCUGGACCCUGACAGUCCUAGAGCUGUGGCAGAAAGAAAACUGUCCAUUGCGCCAGCAGAUCAAUGAUGCCCAUCAGGUGACUCUGUGCCUGCUGAGCACCAACUGCAUGCUGGACCCUGUCAUCUACUGCUUCCUCACCAAGAAGUUCAGGAAGCACCUUUCAGAGAAUCUUAAAAGCAUGAAAGGGAGUCGCAAGUGUUCCAGGCAAACCACUGAAACAGCAAUUGAGGUGCCCAUCAAUGAGCUCCCCACCGAGCCCAUGAGAAAUGAAUAUAGCCCUGUCUCCUACUGAGCAAGGCUGGGCUGCUUGUGUCAUCAGCUUCCUCUCACUGAGCCAGGCCGGAGGGGGACACAUCAGUGGGCCAGAUCUCUGCAUUUCCAUCAGGAAGAGGAAAUAUGAGCAUUCAAUCCCCAUAUCCACAAAUGCAACCAGAGUAAUAGGGACCCAGCAGGGCACUUUCUGACACAUACUGAUGCUUCAUGGGACACUAAUCACAGCUCAGCUUCUUUUCUUUUCUGUGAAGAAAAAUGCCAUUGACUUUGUGUCUUUCCCCCUCCUCCUAUCUCCUUGUGUGAUCUGUCAGCACUUUAACACUGGAAAGCAAGAGAAUUGCCAUGAAGAGAGCUCACCCUUACGAAUGACAGAGAUUCUAUGCGAUCUGAUCCAAGUUACCAGGCUGAGGAGAAGGGGGGGUCUGUGAAAGUCGAUGGGUAUUGGUGAUGUGCUGGAAACCUCAGCCUUAGCUCCCCCAAUCCCUGGGAUCCGUAUGUAUAGAUUUUAAGGCCACCAGGGACCAUUAUCUAAUCUGACCUCCUGCAUGUCACCGGCUA